AAGGAGGGGGAGCUUUGGAGAGAUCUUCGCCAGCGGGAAAAUUCGCGGCUAUUUGAUGCCGCGGUAAAGUGUUCAUAACAGAUCAGUUGAAGAUCCUUUCCCGACAACACCGCAUCAAGAAGAGCCACAAUGGUUGACGGAGCAGUUUUGGACAAACUUGAAGCCGGAUUCAAGAAACUUAAGGAUUCCGAUUCUAAAUCGCUCUUGAAAAAAUUCCUCACCCAAGAGAUCUUUGACAAUCUCAAAACAAAGAAGACCCCCACCUUUGGUUCAACACUUCUUGAUGUUAUCCAAUCUGGUUUGGAAAACCAUGAUUCCGGAGUAGGAAUCUACGCACCUGAUGCUGAAUCGUACACCGUCUUCGCUGACUUGUUUGACCCCAUCAUUGAAGACUACCAUGGUGGAUUCAAAAAGACCGACAAGCAUCCACCCAAGAACUGGGGUGAUGUCAGCGUUUUCGGCGAUCUCGAUCCCACUGGUGAAUUUGUAGUUUCCACCCGUGUCAGAUGCGGACGUUCCUUGGAAGGCUACCCAUUCAACCCAUGCUUGACUGAAGAACAGUACAAGGAGAUGGAACAGAAAGUAUCCACCACUCUUUCUGGACUUGAAGGAGAACUCAAGGGAACGUUCUUCCCAUUGACUGGCAUGAGCAAAGAGGUUCAACAAAAACUCAUCGAUGACCACUUCUUGUUCAAGGAAGGUGAUCGCUUCUUGCAAGCCGCCAACGCUUGCCGCUUCUGGCCCUCUGGUCGUGGUAUCUACCACAAUGACGCCAAAACAUUCUUGGUCUGGUGCAACGAAGAAGAUCAUCUUCGUAUUAUCUCCAUGCAGAUGGGUGGUGAUUUGGGUGCUGUCUACAGACGUUUGGUAACUGCAGUCAACGAUAUUGAAAAGAGACUACCUUUCUCUCACAAUGACAGGCUCGGUUUUCUCACUUUCUGUCCAACCAACUUGGGUACUACUGUCCGUGCUUCUGUGCAUAUCAAGGUACCUAAAUUGGCUGCCAACAAAGCCAAGCUCGAAGAAAUCGCUGCUAAAUACAAUCUCCAGGUUCGUGGUACUCGUGGUGAACACACAGAAGCCGAAGGUGGUGUUUACGACAUCUCCAACAAGAGACGCAUGGGUCUUACAGAAUACGAUGCUGUCAAGGAGAUGUACGAUGGCAUCCAAGAACUCAUCAAGAUUGAGAAAGAGUUGUAAACUAAUAUUAAAAACUCCCAAUAUAACAUUCGUCACCAUUCGUGAUUUUAAAUUACUUGUAAGCAAUGGUAUAAAAAUAUACUUGUAUUUACUAUUAUCUAUCUCGUUUGCCAAAGGUAUUACCAGAGAUGAUUGCUUUCAAAAAAAAGCUCUAUUUAGUUUAAGAUGUCGAGAUAUUGAUGUCAAGUCUGAAAACCAGCUUCAUUCUAGUCGACAUUGUUUUUUUUAAAUAAUUGUUUUAUUUAUGAAUGAUGUCAAACAUUGGAUUAGUGUUAUUAUUUAUAAUUUAUUUUUAUUGUAAUUCUGACAAAUAUAAGUAUUAUUUUGAAAACAA